ACAGGGAUAGAACUUUGAGGUGGAAACUGGUGCCAAGUUGCACCACAAGGUUACAAAAAAAAUAAGGUCAAAAAGAGACGGCUAUUAAUAUCAAUGGCGGUGUGGCAUUAAACAAUGCUCUUCAUGGGGUCACUGAAGAUAAUGGCGUUGAUAUUUAUCAUAAAAAAACAAAAUUUAGUCAACACUUCAUAAUCUAAAAAAGGGGUAAAAAAUAUUUCCAUUACAGAAAACAAGAACAAUCUCCUUCCUAGUUCCUCCUCUUUCUUGUCUAACAAGAAAUGGUGACAGUGAACACACCUGAGUAUGAUAGAACAAGCGAACUGAAAGCUUUUGAUGACACAAAAGCUGGAGUUAAAGGCCUUGCCGAUGGUGGAAUCACGAAGGUCCCUCGAAUAUUUCAUCAACCGCCUGAAAAACUCCACAAAUUCCCAGUUUCAAACGAUUCCCAGUUCAGUAUUCCGGUCAUAGACCUUGAAGGAGUGAACAAUGAUCCGAUUACUCGAAAGGAAGUGGUGGAUAAAGUUGGAAAUGCAUCAAGGAAAUGGGGUUUUUUCCAAGUAAUCAAUCAUGGGAUUCCAGUUAGUGUCAUGGAGGAGAUGAAGGAUGGUGUUAGGAGGUUUCAUGGGCAAGAUGUUGAAGUGAAAAAGCAAUAUUAUACUCGUGAUUUUACGAAACCAGUGGUUUAUAACAGCAAUUUCGAUUUGUAUACAAGUUUAGCAGUCAAUUGGAGAGAUACAUUUUUCAGCCGUAUGGCUCCUGAUCCUCCAAAAAUGGAAGACUUGCCACCAGUUUGCAGGGAUAUAAUGGUGAAUUACUCGAAACAAGUGAUGAAUUUGGGUAAUUUACUGCUGGAAUUGCUGUCCCAAGCUCUUGGGUUGAAACCUGACCACUUGAAAGACAUGGACUGUGGCAGGGGCCUUCUUAUGCUAUGCCACUAUUAUCCAGGGUGUCCUAAGCCAGAAUUGGCUUUGGGAACAAGUAAGCAUGCAGACAAUGAUUUCUUCACUGUGCUGCUUCAAGAUCAUAUUGGUGGUCUCCAAGUACUCCAUGAAGACAAAUGGAUUGAUGUGCCUUGUUCUCCUGGGGCUUUAGUGAUUAACAUUGGUGAUCUUUUACAGCUUAUUUCGAACGAUGCUUUCGUCAGCGUGGAGCAUAGAGUGCUGGCAAACUCGGACGGACCAAGAGUUUCAGUGGCAUGUUUUUUCAGCACUUCACUCAAGUCGGACCCGGUACUGUACGGACCUAUCAAGGAACUGUUAUCAGAAGGGAAUCCACCAAAAUACAGGGAAACCACAGUGAGAGAUUAUGUUAUAUACUCCAAUGGAAGAGGGCUUGAUGUUGAUGGUACUUCUCCCUUGCUGCAUUUCAGGUUAUGACCCCAUGAUAUGAAAUAUCAGCUUAAGAAUGAAUAAUUUGGUAGAUUUCUUAUGAUUGAACUGUGUAUUGGGCAUAUCUGGUUGGAUCUAUGAUUUAGAAUUUAUGAUGUUAUCAUAAUCAAUUGUGAUAAAUAUUGUUAUCAGUUUGUAAUCACUAUUUAAACUCACAAUCUGCCACUAUAUUGGAAGUAGCAUGCAUAACAUGACAUCCUCCUAAUAAAAUAUAUCGGUAGCAUAAUUUUUAAAA